GGUUUUGCACAGUCAUUUGACCCAGCCUCCUGAGCAGCCCCAUCAAUACUAAAAAGAGAAGUGAGUGGGACUCAUGUUGAAAUCACUGGUUCAACUAUGGGUGUCUUUCCAGCUCCCUGAUCAAGAUAAGUGUGAGGAAGAAGAGCAGGACAAUCCAGCCACAAGACUUUAACUGAUAAUAUCUCUUCAAGCCUUCAAAGAAAGGGACGGGAGGCUAGAAAAUCAACUGAGUUCUAACAGGUGCCCUCUCUGCCUGUGUUGAGAUGGAUCUGUCCCACCGAUUUUCGAAGAGAGAGCUCACCCUUCUGUACGAGGAGGUCCUUUAUACCAUGCUGUACCGCCUGGGUAAACCUGAACCGAACCAUGUUGCUGAUGCCAGUGAGUUGUAUGAGUACGUCCAGAAGGCCUUCCAAAUGUCUCCAGAGGAGCACCAUGUUUUAAUGCAGCGGGUCAAGAGCCUGGAGAGCCCAAUUUUUUGUCUGAAAGCAACUGUGAAGCAAGCCAAGGGGAUUUUGGGCAAAGAUGUCAGUGGGUUCAGCGAUCCAUACUGCCUGCUGGGGAUCGAGGCCAGGAGCCAGGAGCAUUGCAGUGACAGUAGCUCCUCUCAGGAGAACAAGAAGCGGAUGAAGGCUGUGGUAAAAGACCUGAUCCCUGAAGACCAGAUCCAUCGCACUCAAGUCAUAAAUCAAACGCUCAGUCCCGUGUGGGAUGAAACAUUUAUCCUUGAGUUUAAAGAUGCAGCCAACUCCAGCUUCCACCUGGACAUGUGGGACUCUGAUGUAGUGGAAUCCGUGCGGCACAAGCUGGGAGAGCUGACAGAUCUCCAUGGCUUGAAGAGGAUCUUCAAGGAUGCUCGAAAAGACAAAGGUCAGGACGACUUCCUCGGGAACUUGGUUCUUCGCCUGCAGGACCUGCACUGCAGGGAUGACCAGUGGUACACCCUGGAGCCACGGACAGAAACCUACCCCAACAGGGGACAGUGCCACCUGCAGUUCUUGCUGACUCACAAGAAGAGGUCCACCUUCCUGAGCAAGACCCAGCCGAGUUACACUGUCCAUCGCCACCUGCUGCAGCAGAUGGUGUCAUAUGAGAUGUUGCAGCAUCAGGCUGGGAGUAUCUCCUGGGAUGGGGAGCUGAGCAAACAUGCCAGCACAAUCCUGUACCUGCAUGCUACUCAGAAGGACCUAUCUGACUUCCACCAGGUCAUGGCACAGUGGCUGGCUUACAGCAAGCUCUAUCAGGUCCUAGAAUUCAACAGCAGCUGCCUUCUCCACCAGAUCACCAGCAUUGAGUAUCAGUGGGCCCAGGAAAGGCUGAAACCUGAGCAGAAAUCAGAGCUGGCCGAGUCCUUUGAGUCCUUGCUGGCCUACGGUGUGUCUCUCCUUCAGAAGUACCGCAUCAUAUUCCCACUCUCCACACCUCAGUCCACACAGAGGCUGCAGUCAUUGCUCAGAGUCCUGGUGCAGAUGUGCAAAAUGAAAGCCUUUCGGGAGCUUUGCUCACUGACCCCUGACCUUCAGCAGAUGGUGACCGAGGCUCUCAAGCUGGGGACUAUGGAGUGGUUUAACUUGAAGAAACAGCACCUGAAGCCCAUGACGAGGGGCAUGGAGGAGAAUGGCAGAGCCCUGGUCAGGCUUCUUGGGGAGGUGAACUGUGACCUCCAGCAAUGCCGCAAAAUUUGGAACAAAUUCUUCAGCAACACCUUGAGAGUGGAUCUCUUCUCCGUGGCCUACCUGGAGUUGCAGGACCUGGUUUCACAUCAUGUGAAGGAGCAGCUGAGUGAGAUUGACAGUGGCAUGUCCCAGCUCACAGCAGAGAGCCUUUUCCAGCUCUACCUCAGUUUGCAAGAGCUUUAUCGAAUGAACACCUUUCUACCAAGCAGGGAUGGCCCUCUUGCUCUGACUGACUUCUACCAGUGGUUUAAAGAGGCCAUUCCCAAGUGGCUCCAGAAGACCUACUCUAUAGCACUGGAGAGGACCCAGCGAGCUAUCCAAGUGGACCAGCUGGUGCCCCUUGGGGAGCUGAACAAACACAGCACAUCCACUGUUGACCUGUCCACUUGCUAUGCUCAGAUUGUGAAGACUUGGCAGCAGCUAGACUGGCCUGAUCCUGAGGAGGCCUUCAUGAUCAUGGUGAAGCUCGUUGAGGACAUGUGCAAAAUCGCUCUGAUGUACUGCAGGCUCAUCAAGACCAGGGCAGAGGAGCUGUCGUCAAAUCAGCAGGACGAAGGAAAUGCAGCCAACAGGCUCUGCAUUGUGGUGAACAACAUUGAGCAGCUGCGGCUGCUGAUCCUGAGGCUGCCGUUGCAGUUGGACUGGGAGCGGCUGGAACGGCGGAUGGGGGACACCAUUGAUCCUGAGCAGAUCCAGCAUACCCUGCACAACCAGCUCCAGGGCACCGUCUCCUGCCUCGACCAUGAGAUCAGAGACGUGGUGCAGACCCUAGCAUCAAAACUGGAAGGUGGGAUCGCCAGGCACAUCCAGGAGCUGUCGACUUCCAGAGACUCCAAAAGCCCAGAGGAUUCUAUCACGCCUCUCAUGAAGUUCCUGGAGUCGGAGCUGCAGUACCUGAAUGUGCAUCUGGUCCAGGAGAACUUUAACAGCCUCCUGGGUCUGCUCUGGAACCACACCCUGCAUGUCCUGACCACUGCCACCAAACAGCAGGGUUGCUCCUCCAGGCACUACCAGAAGUUGCAGUUUGCUGUGAAGAACCUGGAGCACUGUUUCCAUGCGGAGGGCUGUGGGCUGUCCAAGGACACCCUCCACACUGAAGCAUUCAUGGCCCUGGAGAAGGAGCUGUUGCUCCGCUGUGCCACAAGCCGGGAGCUCAUCCAGAAAUACUUCAGCAACAGACUCCAGCAGCAGUUGGCGACCAGCUCAGAGAAGUACGGGGCUGUGACCAUCAAAGCACUUUACCGGGCCUCCGACCAGAAGCUCCGCAUUGAAAUCCUUAAUGCUGUCAACCUCAUCCCUCUGGAUUCAAAUGGCUCAAGCGACCCCUUCGUCCAGCUGACCCUGGAGCCACGGCAUGAGUUUCCUGAGGUGGUGGCACGGGUGACUCAGUGCAAGAAGAACGAUCUCCAUCCACUGUUUGAUGAGGUCUUUGAAUUUUUGGUCCCUCCAGAGAAGUGCCAGCAGGAGGGGGCCUGCCUGCUGCUCACUGUGUUUGACUACGACACCCUGGGAGCCAACGAUCUGGAAGGAGAAGCUUUUUUCCCCCUCUGCAAUGUGCCAGGGGUCAACAAGAAUGACGAUGAGAUGGACACAGUCACAGUGCCCCAAACACGGCUGCCACUGACCCAUCCCAAACCCACCGGGGACCCAAUCCUGAAGCUGCUGGAGUUUCGCAAAGGGGACAAGGAGGCGCAGGCCUUCGUGAAGCUGCGCAGACAGCGGGCGAAGCAGUCCAAGGAGUUGGAGUGAUGCCCGCAGGCAGGGAGCGGCCAGGAUCCAACCCGCAGAGCAGCAGGCCUGAAACAACUGCAAUCGGUUCCCCUCUGGCCCCCACCCCUUCGCACCUGCAGGCAGUUAACCCAGGGAUGGGCAUGAGGCUGCAGUGGUUUCUGCUUCCAGCCAUUUGUUAGGUUGCUGCCAGGCAGCGGAUGACCCUGGGGAGGGAGGAGGGUCCUGGCAUGCUGAGGACUGGAGCAUUUGUUUCAGGGAGGCAGGAAAUGGCUUCCUACCUACCCCCUUUCUGCUUGGCCACAUUACAGCACCACUAGAGGUGGGAUCGGCCAAGCCUGUAUCAGCCCUCCAGCACGAGCCCACAGCUGUUUGGCCCCACACUGCUCCUUAGCUCACAGGAGACUAAAGAGACAAGGGCCUGGGCCGUGGCUGUUUUGCCAUUUCCACAGGACCUGCUCUGCUCUGGGCUGCAACUGGCAAGGGAGGAGAAGGGGACAGGAGCACAGUGCCACAUGAGGCCAACAGCAAACAGCAGCAGCCCAAGCCUCAGCAGCCACAGCUGCAGCCCUUAGCUCUGCUCCAGGAGCAGCAUGGGAUGCUCUGCCGGUGCUGCCAGAAACGGAAAGGAAUAGGAGAAGCUGCUGAUGCAGCCCCCGCAUGGUCACUCCGGGAAAGGCCCAGGCUCCAGGCACGGUUUCAGCAGACCCUGCUGCUGCGGGCAGGGGAGGAGAGCGCUCUUGCCGAAGCAGAGAGAGCAGCAAGGGGCCUCAGGCUGGGAGCCAGGCCACCCCCUGCUUACACAUCGCUGCCCCAUCCCAGCUAGACAUUUGUUCCUGAAAUCUUCUGCCAACAGGAAUUUUGUGCCCCCCGUUCCCCCAAACUGAAGCUAAGCUCUCCUCAUCGUAUUUUUCCUCAUAUCUACCCCCAAGCUACCCUACUGCCAGCUACUACUCGGCCAUUCUCCUGGCAAACAAGACUGUCGAUACAUCUCGAUCGCCUCUCUCCCAGACUAAUCAAACCCAAGUUCUUCUUCUUUCCCACAGAGGCAGCGCUUUCCAAGUCCCGUGUUGUUUUCCUGGCUCUCUUCCAGUCUCUCCCAAUGUGUCUAACAGCUUUCUGGAACUACAGUGACCAAAGCUGGCCGUUCUAGUGCCAAUUAGAGAGGAACAAGUGCCUUCCUCAUCUUGUGUCUAUCACUCCCAUUAGCACAUCUCUGAAUAGUACUUGCCUUUUCAACACCACUGUCAUGCUGCUGCCUCCUUCAGCUUCAGCUCUGCUGUCACCCCCUCCAUCCUUUCCUGCUUUCUAGACUUAGUCUUCAUGUUGCACUUGCACAUUUGAGUCGGACUGUGCAUUUGCCUUUCUUGAUGUUGAUCUCAGUUGACUUCAGAUGACUUCUCCAGGUGUUCAAGCUCAUUUUUGUCCUUGGAUUUGGCCUGCAGCCCUUCACCGUUUGAGUUCAUCUGCCAAGGACCCCACUUCAUACAGUCUCCCACUUUUAGCUCCUGUUAUGAGCAGCAGCUCAGCUUUCUCUGAUACAUGGAGCUGGAGGAGGAAAGAUAUUCCUUUUUUGGGCAAACGCUCCCCCUCCCAUCUACACUACAGUGAACAGGCAGGGCAUGGCUUUUAGCGCACACUCAAUACCCGUCUUCUGGGCCUUAUGUUGCCGAAAAGACGGGGAAGAUCUGGGCAAUGCUGCAGCUGUAUGGACGCAGACUGGUUGUGUUAUAUGCUCACCAUCUAACUCCAAUCUCGGUGUAGCAAACACAGGUUUACUUGCCUUUGCAUGCACUGGUUUCAUUUCUACCCACCAUCUGAGCUCCUCUUAGCUGAGAUCUAACCCCAGAAGGUUGCUGGGAAGCACCCUGUAAAAGAAGAGAGGAGUCAAAUGACUACGAGUUGCUGAGGGUCAGUCUUCUUCCUCCUUUCCUCUUCCCUCUUUCUCCCCCUUGCCUCUAGAAAUCAGCAGAGACUGGUCAUGCAAAUUGUGGAGGGGAUCAGCUUGCUCCUCAUACUUGCCUCUCCAGGCUGGUACCGCAGAAGCUCCUGCUGAAGGGGCAUGUGUGUGAAGACAACAGGGGCACUCAGAGCAGAGCAGAGCUGGGUAGCAGCACCUGGCUGCAGCGACUGCUCCUCUCAGUCUCGUGCCAGAAGCUGCUCACAGACACUGGGUCACCUCAGCCCUGAGCAGAGGGCUGCACAGCAGCACAGUCCUGGGGGACAUUGAGCCUUGCAGAUGGCCUGGCUGGUGGGGUCAAGUCUGGAAGGCUGGCAGCUUACAAAGUGCGGUCCUGUGCUGCUCCAUGGGGCUCAGGGCAGGGCGCUGGACCACACCAAGCAUCUCCAGCAAGAGGCACUGUAAGGAAGGGUUGGGGAGCAGGGGGGAGAAGGAGGCCACACAGGGGGUUUUAAUCCUACCUCAGCUACACAUUUAUGGCAUCUCCACUUCCCUGUCCAUAAACUGAGGAUAAAGUCCACCUUCCAGGGGGGGGGGCUGACAUGUGGCAACUGCUCACUGCCAUUAUUCCAGACCAAACCCCAUUGAGAAAGCAUGGCAUACACCUGCCAGCAAUGGUGGAUAGCUCCAUUAUUUCUGCAGAGGGAGACGGGCCAUAUUUGACAGAUCUUGCCUUACUGUUUUCAUCAAUAAGCUAUUUCCUAUUUAAAAACAAGUCCUGUAAAAACACCAAACCCCUCUCCUGUAAAGUCAAUGCAGGUGAAAACGUUUGUACAGCAGGUCAAUGGCUCAAUUAAAGGCAAAACUAAAAGGAA